CGCUUCUGGGUGGAGUUUCCCGGGCUGGGUGUGGUCGAGCAAGAGAGCGAAGGCACUGAUUCCCUUCAGCUGCUGUUGAAGUUGUGCGGAAGCUUUUUGUUUGUUUUGCUAUUUUUAUUUAUUUAUUGCGAAUACAGAAUAAGACACGUCCAGUUCCCUCUAUCGCUAGCCGAUUCACAUUCGCUCUGCCCACCUCGUCAAGCUUUCCCCUUUUCGGUGACAUUCUACGCAGUCCAUGUGGUUAGCCGUACCAGGCACUAGGCCGUUCUAGCAGGAGGGCUGAGUCCGCACCGGAGCAAUGGGCCUGCUGCAGCUGUUCAAGUCCCAGUUCCUCUGUCACCUGGUCAUCUGCUACGUGUUCGUGGUCAGCGGGCUCAUCAUCAACCUGCUGCAGCUCUGCACCCUGCCCCUCUGGCCAAUCGACAAGCAGCUGGCCCGCAGGAUCAACUGCCGGCUGGGAUACUCCAUCGCCAGCCAGCUGGUGGCGUUGCUGGAGUGGUGGUCUGGCACAGAAUGCACGCUCUACACAGACCCCGAGAGCUACCCGCUCUACGGCAAGGAGAAUGCCAUCGUCGUGCUCAAUCACAACUUCGAGAUCGACUUCCUGUGUGGCUGGACUUUCUGUGAAAGAUUUGGUGUUCUGGGGAGUUCCAAAGUGCUGGCCAAGAAGGAACUGGCAUACGUACCUUUGAUUGGCUGGAUGUGGUACUUCCUGGAGAUUGUGUUCUGCAAGAGGAAAUGGGAGGAGGACCGUAGGACAGUUGCACAGAGUCUUCAGAAUCUUCGGGAUUACCCAGAGAACUACUGGUUCCUGCUGCACUGCGAGGGAACACGCUUCACUGAGGAGAAGCAUCAGAUCAGCAUGCAGGUGGCAGAGAGCAAGGGCCUGCCCAAACUGAAGUACCAUCUGCUGCCCCGCACCAAGGGCUUCUGCAUCACUGUACAGAACCUCCGGGGAGCAGUUACCGCUGUGUACGAUUCUACGCUUAAUUUCAGAAACAACGAAACUCCAACUCUGCUGGGUCUUCUGAAUGGGAAAAAAUAUCAUGCCGAUUUGUAUGUGAGGAGAAUUCCUCUGGAAUCUGUUCCGGAGGAUGAGGAGGAAUGUGCGGCCUGGCUCCACAGACUCUACCAGGAAAAAGACCAGUUCCAGGAGCAGUACUCCCAGACGGGUCGGUUCCCGGGGCCCAUAGUCAGCCCGCCGCGGCGGCCCUGGACGCUGCUGAACUGGCUCUUUUGGACCUGCGUGCUGCUCUACCCGCUGGUGGGCCUCCUGGUGCAGCUGGUCAGCACCGGCUCCUCCACCACCAUCCUCAGCACCGUGGCACUGUGUGUGGCAGGAAGCAGGUCAGGUACUUGAAAAGUAAGUGUGUGUGUGCGUGUUUUUUAAUCUGUUGAAUUGCAGUCCAGAAUUUUUAGGAAGCAUGUUGCCUUGCAGUCAGUUGCAUGCUAUCAUUUUUUCAAUCCUGGCUUAUUUCCUACCUUUAAGAAAAGAACACAAACCGGCAAAGGAUGGAACAGACAGACAAACAUCUGAACGGAUUACACCAGUGAUUUGGUAUCAGACCUGCAGAACAAAUUUAGAUCCGUCCACAAGUUUUUAAUUUAAACUCCUGUAAUAAUGAAGAAUUUGAUCCACUGUAGAAUAUCUAUGGACAUUUAUGAAGCUGGCAGGGUGAUACAGGCAUUUAGCAGACGGUCUUAUCCAGAGCAACUUACACAACAUUCUACAUAUCAUUUACAUUGCAUCCAUUUAUACAGGUGGAUAUAUACUGAAGCAGUGCAGGUUAAGUACCUUGCUCAAGGGUACAGUGGCAGUGUCCUAUCUGGGAAUCGAACUUGUGAUCUUGAGGUUACAAGACUAGUUCCUUACCCAUUACCCAUAAUUAUGCCUCAUACAGUAGUAAAUGAGUAAGCUUCAGAGUCCGUGUUAAAUACUUCUGGGGGAAAAGGCGUCACCGCUGUUAUCUAUUGGGUGACCAUAAGACCAUAAGCCAAUCAGCAGCAAGACCUUGCAACUUCCAUGUGAUUGAUAAAAAAACAGGUCACGUGAUCACAUUGAAGCUGUACGACCUUGCUGCUGAUUGGCUGUCACAUCAACACCCAAUAGAUGACAGUCAUUACGUGUUUUUUUUCCCUGGAAGAAUUUCACGUGGCCUCUGAAGCGUGGUUGUUUACUACCACAUCAGGUAUAAUUAAAGAGAAUUAGAGGAAGAAAGGUAAUACACCAUAUGGUGGAAAAGACCGUUAUUGCAGUCCAUAACUACUGUUGUGGUAUAUCGCCCAGCCCUAAGCUGACUGUAUAAAGACCAUUGUAUGCUGAAGCUCACAGGCCAGAUAAUUUCACUCAGUUAUUAGAACAAUUAAAAAUUUAGUUAUUUGGGAGAUGCGUUUAGCCAAAGUGAAUUACAAGUGCAUUUAACAUGGUUUAAGUGUUAUUCUUUGAUAUUUGUCUAAAAUUUGAAGAAGUUUCAUAGUUAAUGGCCUCUGACCCACUUGAAUUCCUUGUAUGGGCAGAAUUAGUCAUAUCAUAGAUUUUGUCUGGCGCACUAGGACUGACAUUAUGCAUAGCCAAACAUGUCAAAUUAUGAUCCGUUGAUCAGUGAGAUCUUGAUCUAGCCAUUCAUUACAGUCCACAAUAUGAUGCCACACUGGUUUUAGUUGAAAAUGAUCCAGGUUAGAAAAAAUUUAAACAUUGUCAUGUUAUUACAUAUUUUUGUGAAUGUAAUAAACUGGGAUUAUGCUGUAUCCAUUCAGAAACAUUGAGUGCCAGAAGAAUGUGCAUGUUUGUAGUAAAUAGCACACCUCUGAAUUGAAACAACUAGUCACCAUCUCAAUAACACCAUGGGAGGGCAGAUUUUAAGAGGAAUGACUCUCUAUCCUGAGCUAUUGGGAGGCCUGGUAGGGCUGACCAAUCACAGUACAGGAAGAGAGAAACUGGGGAGAAUAGCCUUACAUUCAGACUAAUGACAUCAUAUCAAAAUACAGUGUCCCUAACUAUCCAUAUUAUCCCUUAUUCAGGCAUCCACCCUCAUUCCUCACCUCUCU